ACGUAAAUAAUAAUGGCGGCUAGUUUCGGGCGGCACUAAAAUCUUUAAAGCAUUUUCUACUUUUAAAGGCCUUAACUCCAUGAAAAUGGAUGAAACUAGUAUUGACACAGUACAGGAUCAGUAUCUAACUCAGAUGCCUGAUUACCUUCGUCCUGUCAGUCGCAGCAUUAAGACAAAAUGGUCUAAACUUCACGGUGAUAUACAAAUGUCAAAACUUUUAACUAAACGGGCAGAGAAGAAGAUUGAAAAUGAAAAAACACGUGAAGAAGCUAUGCAGAUGGCAAGAAAAAUACCAAUGGAACUUCUGGCUAGAGAUUGGUUAAGAGAAACUAGGGCAGGAGCGGAAACUAGAGCGUAUUUGGUUGAUCGUAUUUUGCCAACUUUAAUUAUGGGACUUGAAAAGCUAUUGCGGGAAGUUGAGAGAAGAGGAUUGUCUAUUGAAGAUGCUCCUCCUGAACGAGAAUUUAAUCCUAUUAAUUAUAUUGCUCAGUAUUUAAUGAGGAAUAACCCAAGAUAUUCAAAUUUUUCGGAAGCAUCUCCUUAUAUCAGAGGAUUACGUCAAGUGAAUGAAAAUCUUAAGAAACAACUCUUCGAUAUGGAAGAAAAUAGGCUCGCAAAGGUCAAAGCUGAGGCGAGGAAGAGAAGGGAGCUAAGAGAAAGAGAAGAAAUGCAACGAAUUGCUGAGACAAGGCGUCGACAGGGCUCCCUUAAUGUACAAUACGAAGAUUGGACUUCAAUCUCGGAGGGAAGGCUUCAAUUGUCUGUCAUUCAAAACGCUUUGAGGUCUUUUGCUGAAAUUACCGAUCAUGUGGCCGAUGAAAAUUCAAACGUAAAGGCUAUUGCCCAAGCUCUUAUUAGAAGUCUUCAAACUACAGAUGAUACUGGAAAGACCCUUGAAAAAGAAGAUUUCGUGUCUCUUGUCGAUAGCCUAAGCAAAGAGUUGGAUCCAGAGGAAUUUGAGAAAUUAUUAACUCAUCUUAAGCAUUGUGCCAAUGCUCAUUCUCUUCAAAAUCGCAAGGAGAGGAGAAGAGACAUGCUAACUCAGCUAUUUUUCUCUUGUGACCAUACUCUUAUUGGAUUGAUAGAUCGUCAUAGAAUAUUAAAUCUGUUCGAAAUGUUCUGGGAUAAAGCUAAGGGCAAUACAAAGAACGUCAUUCGCAAUCCGCGAAAAUGGCCGGUUGUCGAAGUUGAAGAAGCCGUAGCUGCCGAUAGCGAAUGCGAUAAUGAAGAGGAAUUCGAUACCAUACAUGCUACUGGUGGAGUUUCUGAGCUGGGAACAGAGGUAAAAGAUGGCGAGGAGACUAGAACAUCACCUAAUUUAGACGAAAAAACGGACGAAGGAAAACUUUCUAUCGAAGGGGAAGAACAAGUUGAAAAAUUAGAGGACAAAACUGAAGAAAAUGAUAAAGAAGAGACGAAAGCAGAUAAAGAGCAGGAAGAGAUAGUUAGUGAAGAAGCUAAACCAAAUGUAGAGGGUGAGGAGGAGACAAAACAGCCUGACAAAGAAAAUAAAGAGCCGACAAUAGAAUUAACAGCGGAAUUAGAAAAGGAAUCAGCAAAGAAAGCUGAAGAGGAGGUCAACGAAAAAGAGGAAAAGGAGGAAAAAGAAGAAAAAGAUGAAAAAGAAAAAAGUGAUAUUAAAAAUGAAGAAGGCGAGCAAGUCGACCAAGAAGAGAAGAAAGAUUCUCAGAAAGAAGAAAAGGAGGGCAAUGAAGACGAGGAAGAGCGGCCCUUGUCUCAAAAUGCUAUAGAAGAGGCAGAAAUAAAAGCACUGAUGGAAAAAGAAAUGAUGAAACCUCCCAUGACACAACAAAGUAAAGUUUCAUUCGCUGAAGGAACAACUUUCGUACGGGAAAGAACUUUGAUAACGUCUCAAGGUACAAGAAGUCAAUCUCAGGCGUCAGCUUUUGAUGAGAAUCAAUUAAACGUUUCCCAAUUUGUCCAUCUAACUGAGACUUUUAUAGGCGAUGAGGCAGAGUCGGUUAUUUUCAAUAAUUUGGUUAGGUUUGUUAGAGAAGGUUACGUCGAAACUGAAGAUGAAAGAAUGCAAAGAUUAGUUAAAGCCAGAAGAGAAGCGUUGUCUGCUAAACGACGUUUGAUGCUGAACAGUCUAUUUGAGAUGUGGGACAAUGAUGCUUCAGGUUUUAUUGACUUGGAAGAAGUUUGUACUAUUAUGAAUAAAUAUAAAAAUGGUAUGGAAGAAGAGGCAAUAGAGAAGGCAAAGAAGGAAAUAAAAACUAAGAAUAAGGUGCACGAUCAAAGAUUAAGUAAGAGAGAAUUUCGCGAUUUGUUACAUAGGGUUGUCCAUUACAUGUCUGGAGAAGAUACAUUUGAUCUACUGGUUGAAUUCUUGAUUAGUAGCGUUGAGAGAACGUAUACAGAAAGAGUUAGAGGCGAAGCAAGGAAGAAAUGGUUAAAACAAAUUGUAACUGCAGCCGAAACGUCAGGAGCGAGUAUGCAGCCAAUUUAUAAAACUCUAUUCCAAGCUUUGUACAAGGACGCCGAAACUCAUGGUGGUGGAAAAUUAAUAAGUGCCUAUGUAGCUAUGUUGGAGAGAAAUAUUAUAGCACCUUCUAGGGGACCACAUUUAUUGCGUUACGUAAGUGCCACCUCGGAAGAUGCUCCUUACGUACUUGGCAAAGUUCUUUAUCCAGACAUGAAAGGCAUUAGUUUUGCCUCGGUCGAAAGUGGGAAACCUAUUCAUGUGCCAAAGGUUAGCAAUCAUGGCAAUAUACAAUUUUGGAAUAAUGACAGGCCAGAAGACGAGAGAGAAGGAUCUUUUAUAGUUGUUCCUUUAAAGGACAAUAAGAAAAGGGUAUUUGGCAUUUUGGGUAUUGAUACAUUGUCCGAUCCUCAUUCUAGAGCUAUUUUUAUAUCGCACGAAAUACAAUUCUUUCAAGGGGCUGCUAAAUCGUUUAGUAUUUCUUAUCAUCACGUCGACGUAAGAGAGAAGACGCUGAGGAUAUCCGAAUCGGCUAUAAGCUGGAUAUUAAGAAGAUGCCCUCACGUAAAGGACGUAACUGUUUAUAUGGUAGAGCCGGAACAGAAAACUAACGAAUACGUUUUGAGGAAGAUGAUUGUGACUGAUAAUAAAGGAACGGCUCAUUUACUAUCUACUCCACCAAAGCUACAUAGGAAGGAUAAUCUCUUUCGGGAUUAUUUAUUUAACUGCGUUGAUAAUUCGGAAUCGGUAAGCGCUGACGCGUACGGUGAAAGGCAUUUAGCUUUUCCGCUAAGAGAUGAACAGGGUAUGACGGUUGUUCUAUUAGAUAUGGUCAUUGGAGAACUAAAAGCUUUACCAAAACUCGAAAAUAAGGAAGUAAUGAAAAUGUUAAAGUUGUUGCAAAUGGCCUAUAACGAAAUAUCACGUUCCUCCGAGGUGAAUGAUGUUGAAGUACUAUUCGAUAAGUUAAUGCUUGCUGAUCUGAAAGAAAACGUCGCUAAAUUAGACGCUCAAGCUUAUGCUGAAUUAAAAAGCUAUAAAGAGCCUCCAGAAAUCAUCCAUCAAAUUAUAAAGGCAGUAUUAACUGUUUUCUAUCCGCAACCGGCAAUUGAGAGUCAAUUUAACAAUUGGAAUGGCUGUAAACAGUAUCUAAAUCAACAAUUGGGAAAUAGAAUUCUUCAUUACGAUCCUACUCAAGAUCCGUCUGACGAUAUUCCUAUUGAAUUAAUUUACGGAUACUUAAACGCCGUUCCACAUGGAACCGUUGCAAAAAAUGGCUCUAUACCAGCUCAGUAUUUGUAUAAUUGGGUUUUCGUUUGCGUGUCCCUAAUUGAACAUCAACACAAGAUGAAAGAAGGAAAAUCGACACACGUCAUGGACGUUGGUCAGACAAGUACAACAGCGACAACAGAAUAAUCAGUGAAUGUAAUCAAUAAAUAAAUAAAAACUUUGUAUUUAUGUGCCAAUGAUUCCAUACAAAAAGAACAAAAUAAAACCAAAAUAUAGUUUUACAAAAGAAGUUUAACAAUAAAAAAUACUUGUGUUUUAUUCCUUUGAA